AUGGCGCGAUCAAAUGACGACGCGGACCGGAAUGUAGAGGCGGAGGAUCAGCAAACUGGCGACAAGCACCAAACCGAGCACGAAGAGCCAGACGCCAAGCGGACCAAGACAGAGAAACAGCCGAGUCGCGAGGGAGAGGGAGACGACUCCAAGCGCGAGGACGGACAUUCGGACCAUGAAACGCACCAUCAGAAUGGAGCGCACAAGGCGGCGUCCAAGUCCAAGUCUGGUGCCGCGGAGCGCCCCGGUGACGAACCCGACGUGCCCUCCAGUAUCUUGGAGAAAGGCAUCAUCUACUUCUUUAUUCGUGGUCGCGUCAACGUCGAGGAGCCUCACAAAGUGGAUGAUAUUGCGCGCACCUUCAUCCUCCUAAGACCGAUUGCCACCGACGCCAAGCUCGGCAGCGGGCCUCUGAGCGACGCCGGCACGACCCGCGUCCUGGCCUUGCCCAAAAAGCAGCUCCCCAUGAGUGGACGUGAGCGCUUCAUGGCGUUCGUCGACAUGGCAGGCGCCUCGUACGACGAGAUCAAGGGAAGCUUCCUCGCUUCGAGCGACUACGAGACCAAGACGGCUGGCACGCGGCACACACCGGCGGCGACGCCCGUGGGCGAGGGCGUGUACGCACUCACUACGACGGGCAGGGAGAGCCACCUGGCGUACAUGACGACGCUGCCGAAAGAGUUGGGCGAGGUCCAAAAGAAGCUGGGCAUCAAGGACCAGGGGAGCUUCAUCCUCAGCACCAAGAACCCGGAGUAUCCGGGCCCCGCGAACGCACGGCUUCCAAAGGGUCCAGAAUUCCCCAAGAAGUUGCAGGAAGAGUUCCGCUCGCUGCGAUGGAUGCCGUCGCGGCCAAACCACUUGGACUAUGUGAACGCGCAGGUGCUGCUUGUUGGGGAGUCCUCUGGGAUAGACAAGGCCGUGGAGCAGCAAAAGGAGGACGAGAAAGACGGCGCGGAAGAGCCAAUGGAGGCGCUAGAGCACCUUGAGGAUGAGGACUUGAACAGGAUGAGCGACCUGGCGGGCGACCAGUCGGCGUCCAUAUUUGCCGAUUUGCACGCUCAGGCCAAGGACUACCCAUCGAUUCAGACGACGUUCUGA